CAACAAGAACAACAACAACAGCAGACAUCAAAGCAAGGUUAUUUCACAUCUAUAUUAUCGUCUCUACCACAUCUUUCGCUUUCAUCGAUAACUGGUGAAAACUCAAAGUCGCCACAAAAUAAACAACAAAAUCAAAGCUCUAAUGCAUUUACACCGCUAAAUCCUGUACAUGGAUCGGCGCAAGGUCAGAUUCCCCGAUCUACUGAAAUUUCAUCGAAUGUAUACGAGCAUAAUAGUGAUCAUAGUCACUACUCUCAAAUAAGUGACUUCAAUACUAAUAAGGCAAAUUCACCGAUUAUACAAAAUCAACAACAACCGCCGCAACAACCACUGCAGCCGCCACCCAUUGCAAUUGGUGGAGUGGUUGCUGGGUCAUAUCGACUGGGUAAUCAACGUCGUCUUAAACAUUCACAUCUCCCAGAGCAAAUAUUAAAUUCCUCUAAGCCGUCUUAUCAGCCAGUUUCUUUACCGUCUUUUCCGAAUCAAUCGGAUUCUACUAUACCUCCUACUAUUUUCAAUCCAAAUACACAAACUCUUACUCCAAUCAACUCUCAGGUUGAUCAACAAAGCACAUCUUCGACACCGAAUCUAGCUGAAACUUUAUACAAUCAGGAAUACGUACUGCAUGGUUCUUAUAAAAAUAGUCCCGUAGUGACUCCUUCGAAUAUUUAUCCUGCCUCAUCACCUAAUUUUAAUAUUAGUAGUGCAUCUACUAAUUAUCAAGCAAAUACAUUCGCUACAGCACCUCAAGCUAUACCGGCAAGGUAUCCAGAACCUGCGACUCCUCAAAACACCCCAGCAGACAUUGCCUUUUCUGGUUUCAAUUCUUAUAGACAACAGCAGAUUCCUUAUGAAACAUCAAAGAACUCAAUCAUUCAAUCUAGUGGCCAAUUAAACGCCAUACAGGAAACUAAUAAAAAUCCCAUUAAUACCUUUACUACUGUAUCCGCUGCUAGGGUUACCGAGAAGCUUGAAAAUUUUAUCGCUGAACAGAAUGAUGAUAAUUUAUCUAUAAAAUCGGAAUUAUCAGCUGAAGUUGCUAAAAUAACAGAAAAUAUAUCAGCAUCUGAAAAGAUAAUUGAAAAUCAGAAAUCUAUUGAAGAAUUCACGGAAAUUAACUUAAAUAAUAGUCUUAUUAAGGAUAGUUUACAUCAAAAUAGUGAAGUUAAUUUUAAUAUUUUGUCGGAAAAUUUAAUUAAUCCACAAAGUUUAGACGCUUUUGCGGCGCCAUUAACAACAAAUUUCUUCGAAAAUUCUUCAACUAAUAAUCAAAGUGUACCAACAUUUUAUAAUUCGAUAUUUCAAACUAAAGAGCCUGUAAAAGAUCCGUUUUCAUUUGCUCAAUCGUCAGCCACACCCGAUUUAAUAAAAUUUCCAAACGAUAUAAUAAAUUCGCCCGAACAAUUUAUUGACAGCACACAAAUUUUAAAUCAAAAUAUAAAUAGUUCAGAAGUUGAAUUAUCUAAAGGGUUAGAAUAUACUGGAAAUGCCGAUUUAUCUUCGAAAUCCGUAUGGCAAUCAGAUCAAAUAGAGGAGAAUUUGACUAUUCAAAAUUCAGUAUACGAAGCGCCAGUACAGUUAGCACCAACUUUCUUUAAUCCGAAGCAAUUUGAAGACUCUACGCAUUUUUUUCCACCAAUUACUUCGGGUUCUUAUCCUACGGCAUACAACGACAAUAAUUUAAAUUGUCAUUUUCCAGUAUCGACACAAAAGAAUUUCAAUGCCGUGCCUGAACCUACAGGAUCGGCGACUCUCAGUCCUGUACAAAUGUCCGUUAAUCCUUUAAGUAAUCGUGCCUCUUACGAAACUGUUCCCCCAAGUUUACAAAACUUAGCGUCAGGUCUAACGGAAAAACAAAUGCAGUACCGAGCGGUAUAUCAUCAUUGGUUUUUCUGCCGUGAGGUGGAAGCUAAAAUAUUAUGGCUUCCAUUUUCUAUGCACGACAGUCUAAAUCUGGAAGAAGUCCACAAUUCCAAUGAGAUCAGUCCAGAUACAAAAGUAGCUACCGAUGGAGGCCGAUACGAUGUAGAAAUUUUAAGACGGCAACGUGCUUCUGUGUAUUGGUCCAGUCCGGUAUCCGAAGUACGUCGCUGCUCCUGGUUCUAUAAAGGUCCAGCCGAAUCUCGUUACACCCCUUAUGAUGAAAGCAUAGCCGCUAGAUUAGAGGAAGAAUUUAAACAGGCCUGCUUAAGUAACAACUGGAAUAGGCGGGUCGAUCUUAACAAUGGCGAGUACAUUGUUUUUCACAGCGCUAAUGUGCAAGUGCAUUAUCUGCAAGCCACGACACCAGAACUUGCAGCGUCUUGGGGAAAUAAUUCGCAGGGUUCAGAGGACAAUGCGUAUUUGCAGGGUGCAACAAGUAGACCACGUGUUGUCAAACGUGGCAUGGAUGAGUUUAAUAUAGAUGAUGGCGAGCCCGAGAAGGUUGAUCAUCUCCUUUUUUUGGUGCACGGAAUUGGCUCCGUAUGUGACCUUAAAUUUCGCACCGUUGAGGAAGUCGUAGAUGAAUUUCGUAGCAUAUCGCUACAGUUAGUGCAAUCUCAUUACCGAAACUCAAGUGAGCGAGGAAUUGUAAAUCGGAUCGAGGUAUUGCCCAUAUCCUGGCAUGCUGCUCUACAUUCUGGUAUCGAUAAGAAACUGCAGGUUAUCACACUCGGGAGUAUUCCCAAGCUGCGUCAUUUCACUAAUGAUACUCUUCUGGAUAUAUUAUUCUAUACGAGUCCAACUUAUUGUGAAACUAUAAUGCAGACCGUUGGAAAUCAACUUAAUCAACUUUACGCUCUAUUCAAUGAAAGAAAUCCUAAUUUUCAAGGUAAUGUGUAUUUAGGAGGACAUUCGUUAGGAAGUUUAAUUGUGUUUGAUUUACUUUGUCAUCAAAAACCUCCCGUAACGGAAGAAAUAAGCAGAAAGACUGAAGAUAACAAGGAUGCGGAUAAUAAAGUCAUCAAUUCUCAGGACAUUCCGAUUGGUCCAGUUUUGAAACGCAAACUCAGUAAACAAGUGAGCUAUGUAAUGGGGACUGCAGGCACCGGUCAGCCGUACAUUAAUUAUCCACAGUUGGUAUUCAAUCCAAGUGCUUUUUUCGCUCUUGGAAGUCCCAUUGGAAUGUUUGUAACAGUGCGAGGUAUUGAUACCCUUGGUGAAGACUUUGUUCUUCCAACAUGUCCGGCAUUUUUCAACAUUUUCCAUCCGUUUGAUCCUGUGGCUUAUCGCAUCGAAUCUCUUAUAAAUCCCGAUGCAUAUAAAUAUAGACCUAUGCUAAUUCCUCACCAUAAGGGGAGAAAACGAAUGCAUUUAGAACUGAAGGAAACUAUGGCAAGAGUCGGAGCGGAUCUAAAACAAAAAUUAUUGGAAUCCGUGAAAAGUACUUGGAACUCCGUUUAUCAGUUGGGUAUUUUCAAUCGACAAGAUAAUAAAGCUCUGCAAGAAGAAAUAGAAAAGGUUGUUGAGGAACAAAUGAUUAAUUCUCCAUCCGAGAAUGUGGAAGCAACAGCGACUGAUGAUGCUGGAUUUGAUUUAAAAAUUGGCAAACUUAAUGGAGGUAGAAGGGUUGAUUAUGUGCUACAAGAAGCACCCUUUGAGUAUAUUAAUGAGUAUCUCUUCAUUUUGACGAGCCACGUCUGUUAUUGGCAAUCGGAAGACACCAUGCUAAUGAUGUUGAAGGAAAUUUAUGGCUCUAUGGGUAUUCAAACUGAUGCUCAAUUGCCACAACAAACUUUAUCGAUUGAGAGAGUAUCGGGUUCUCCGAGUAACAUUAUUCCACCUACAGGAACAUUCUCAUUAGAUUCAAUGGAGCAAAUUGCAGCACAAUCUGUAACAUCUCUGCCUACUACUAGUUUUAUAAAAAAUUCUUGAUCCUAGAUGACUUUGCACAAUAAUUUAUUGUGAUGGCAGU